AUGGAUGGUCCUAAUUUUGCACAUCAAGGCGGGAGGUCACAACGCACUACUGAAUUGUAUUCAUGCGCACGUUGUAGAAAAUUAAAGAAGAAGUGUGGUAAACAAAUACCGACAUGUGUGAAUUGCGAUAAAAAUGGAGCACACUGUUCGUAUCCAGGUAGAGCCCCAAGACGGACUAAGAAGGAAUUAGCGGAUGCCAUGCUACGAGGGGAAUACGUUCCAGUGAAAAGAAACAAGAAAAUAGGAAGAAGCCCUUUGGGUAAUAAGAGCAUGCCAACCUCUUCUAGUUCGCCAUCUACAAAUGGCGCUAUAACGCCUGGGUUUUCACCUUAUGAAAACGAUGAUGCACACAAGAUGAAGCAGUUGAAACCGGCAGACCCGAUAAACCUUGUCAUGGGGGCAAGUCCGAAUUCUAGCGAAGGUGUCUCAUCGCUAAUUUCCGUUCUUACAUCAUUGAAUGAUAGUUCUAAUCCUUCUUCGCAUUUAUCCUCCAAUGAAAAUUCCUUGAUUCCUUCCCGAUCCCUGCCAGCGUCAGUGCAACAAGGUUCAGCAACGUCAUCAUAUGGAGGAUAUAACACGCCCUCGCCGCUAAUUAGCGGGCCUGUGCCUGCGAACACCCAAUCUGUGCCAUUGCAAAACAAUAAUCGCAAUACUAGCGACAGUGAUGACGGCAAUAAUAUUGACCACGACAAUAACAAUAACAAUAGCAGUGCACCGCAAUUGAGUCUUACCUCAUAUGCAAACAAUCCUGUCCCCAGUGGAAAAUACGAUUCUGUACCAGUUGAUGCAUCCUCGAUUGAAUUUGAAACUAUGUCGUGUUGCUUUAAAGGUGGUAGAACAACAUCGUGGGUCAGAGAGGAUGGUUCGUUCAAAUCAAUUGACAGAUCCUUACUGGACAGGUUCAUCGCCGCAUACUUCAAACACAAUCACCGUCUAUUUCCUAUGAUUGAUAAGAUAGCAUUCCUAAAUGACGCCGCGACGAUUACUGAUUUUGAAACAUUGUACGACAACAAAAACUACCCUGAUAGCUUUGUUUUCAAAGUAUAUAUGAUAAUGGCUAUUGGUUGUACAACUUUACAGCGCGCUGGUAUGGUCUCCCAGGAUGAAGAGUGUCUGAGUGAACAUUUGGCAUUUUUGGCCAUGAAGAAAUUCCGUAGCGUUAUAAUUUUACAAGAUAUUGAAACGGUACGAUGUCUGUUGUUAUUGGGUAUUUAUUCGUUCUUUGAGCCAAAGGGCUCCUCGUCAUGGACGAUUAGUGGUAUCAUCAUGCGAUUGACCAUAGGAUUAGGUCUAAAUAGAGAACUGACUGCCAAAAAACUCAAGAGCAUGUCUGCCUUAGAAGCAGAAGCAAGAUAUAGAGUGUUCUGGAGUGCCUACUGCUUUGAAAGGCUAGUUUGCACCUCUCUGGGCCGUAUAUCUGGAAUAGAUGAUGAAGACAUCACUGUGCCGCUACCGAGGGCGUUGUAUGUGGAUGAAAGGGACGAUUUGGAGAUGACCAAGUUAAUGAUAUCAUUAAGGAAAAUGGGUGGCCGCAUUUAUAAACAAGUUCACUCUGUAAGUGCGGGACGACAAAAAUUAACCAUCGAACAGAAGCAGGAGAUCAUAGGUGGAUUGCGCAAGGAGCUAGACGAAAUUUAUUCUCGAGAAUCAGAAAGAAGGAAACUGAAAAACUCCCAGAUGGAUCAGCUAGAGAGGGACAACAAUUCUACUACAAAUGUGAUAUCUUUCCAUAGUUCUGAGAUUUGGCUAGCAAUGAGGUACUCUCAAUUGCAAAUCUUGCUAUACAGACCAUCUGCAUUGAUACCGAAACCGCCCAUUGACUCCUUAUCCACACUAGGCGAGUUUUGCCUGCAAGCCUGGAAACAUACUUACACGCUGUACAAGAAGCGGUUAUUGCCCUUAAAUUGGAUAACUCUUUUCAGAACACUAACCAUUUGUAAUACUAUCUUAUACUGCCUUUGCCAGUGGAGCAUUGACCUCAUUGAAAGUAAAAUCGAAAUCCAGCAGUGUGUUGAGAUACUAAGACAUUUCGGCGAAAGAUGGAUUUUUGCAAUGAGAUGCGCGGACGUUUUCCAAAACAUUAGUAACACAAUUCUCGAUAUUAGUUUGAGCCAUGGCAAAGUCCCUAAUAUGGACCAGUUAACAAGAGAGUUGUUUGGCGCCAGCGAUUCGUAUCAAGAUAUAUUAGACGAAAACAAUGUUGACGUCUCCUGGGUUGAUAAACUUGUUUAA